AUGGUGAAGGAGAAGGGAAUUGAUUUGAAGGGUAAUGUUUGUACUAGGCUUAUUGAUAUGUAUUCGAAAUGUGGGUGUUUAGAGAGUGCAAGGAAGGUGUUUGAUGAUGUUAUGGAUAGAGAUGUUUUUGUUUGGACUGUGAUGAUUUCUGGCCUUGCUUGCCACGGGAUGUGCAAAGAAGCUAUUGAAAUGUUUGUUGAAAUGGAAAUGUGUAAUGUAAAACCUGAUGAUAGGACAGUUGCGGUUGUUUUAUCGGCGUGUAGGAAUGCAGGCUUGGUUCGUGAAGGUUACAUGUUUUUCAGUGAUGUCCAGAAGCGUUACGGUAUGAAACCCACAAGUCAACAUUUUGGUUGCAUGGUGGACCUCCUUGCAAGAGGAGGGUUUUUGAAAGAAGCUGAAGAUUUCAUUAAUGCAAUGCCAAUGAAACCUGAUGCAGUCCUUUGGAGGACCUUGAUAUGGGCCUGCAAAGUUCAUGCAGGUACCAAAAGAGCCGAACUUUUGAUGAAACGCCUUGAGCUGCAAGGUAUGAGUGAACAUGAUAGUGGAAGUUACAUACUUGCUAGUAAUGUUUAUGCGUCUGUAGGGAAGUGGUAUGACAAGGCAGAGGUACGUUGCAACGGCAUAUACAUGUUUUUCAUCGAGAAAUACUUACCUUCAUGUAUGUCAUUACGUUCUGUUAUUUGA